GAUUUUUACCCAUCUAGCGGCUGUUUGUACAGUACCUGCUGGUGCGUCAAAUCGUAGCGCUAGGCACCGGUGUUGGCGAAAAAGCUAGUGCGUUUGGAUGUUUGCGCGUCGUUACUCGGUACAUAAAGGAGCAUUACGGGUGAGUCGUUGCGCUCUGGAGGAUCUGAAAAAAGCAUUUUGCAUAUUUUCGUCGCUUAAUCUGUUUCUGUUUCUCACGAUGGCACCUGGAUUGUCGCACUUUUUGUUGCUGCUCGUCGCUGGGCUUGCGUAUUUCGGGAAGGAGUCGACUGUCUGGGCUCUUCGGUACCAGGCAGCAGGCGACUGGAACCCCCUGACGGACAACGCACCUGAGCUCGCCUCGGACCCGGUUGAGAAUGCCGACGAACCCUCUUCGAGAAUUCAGUCGUUCGUGGAAGCUUCAAAAGACAACUCAUCCAGCGGGGGGGACCGGGACAAGGGAGAAGGCGACAAGUCCCCGAAGGGGAUCGGGGAACGCCUUCGCAACUUUUUUUUUGUUCGCAAAAGCGGAAGUGGCACCUCUAAAGGUAAUCGUGACAUCAGCGAAUCACAUCUAGGAACCCCAGGAAAGUACACACAAAAAGGGGGUUCGUCAUCCACCACUUCUCUGCGUGGUGCAGGGGGAGGCAAGAAGGAGACGCCGGCAGGCAAGAAGGAGACGCCGACAGACAAGAAGGAGACGCCGACAGACAAGAAGGAGACGCCGGCAGCCAAGAAGGAAACCCCGGAGGACAAGAAGGAGACGCCGACAGGCAAGAAGGAAACCCCGGAGGACAAGAAGGAGACGCCGGCAGGCAAGAAGGAAACCCCGGCAGGCAAGAAGGAGACGCCGGCAGACGAAAAACCCGAAUCUUCAGAUAAGCAAACGACGGCUCAACUCAUCGACUCGCUAUCGAAGCAAAUGAUAAUCAAGCUCAAUUAUGUGGACAAGGAACUGACUGGCAAAGUGUUACCUGAUGACAAGCCAAAUGCAGAGGCAAUAAAUAGUGACUUACAUCUUGUAGCUAUAGAUUAUAAGUACGAAGUCUGCAACAUUCUUCAAGAAGUUCGUGAACUCGAGAAGGAUCCCAAACUGAAACCAAAGCAGAAGCUGACUUUGGCUGCAACGGCAGAUCGAGCCACGCAGGCUCUCGACAUGCUCAAACGAACAUUCGAUGAAGACAGACCCGAAUACUGCACAGACUUGUGA